AUGCCAAAAGUAAGACUGGUUGACAUACAAGACACUAUACCUACGUGCAUCGAAAAGUCAGCACAGUCUACUAGACAAUAUGUGCUACCAAGGCCUAAGUCUAAAAUUUCAAAAACUAAAGAGUCCAAUGGUCCUCCUCAUACACACCAAAAUACUGAUAGAUAUAGUAAUGAAAUCCGACAGCUGCAAAACUCUCUAUCCGAAAUUAACGGCAAACUUGAGAAAUUAGCAUCCCUCACUCAUAUAUGGGGCCUUGACACAGACAGAAAUCUUGAGCAAAUCACCAAAGCUGAGUGUAUUUUGGAGUUUGUGACUGAAGAGAGUGAUGUCCUCCUUCAAUGCAGUUGUGUAUAA